CAAAAUGGGAGAAGAGAAACGAGGCGAAGGGGAAAAAGGGUAAGGAAACCAGCGAGCGAUCCAGGGAGGCCGUAGCCCGUAGCGACCAUGUCGAUUGCUCCGUCGAGCUCGCUCCGUGCCCUGGUCGUCCCCAUCCUCCCCUCCGUCUCCUCCUCGCCCUCUGCUCGCCCAGGGCUCCGCGGAGUGGCGGCACCGGUGCAGCACGCGCGGGCGCGGCGGCGGAGGGGGGCGGCGGUCGUGGCGCGGGCGGCGGCGCUGCCGUCGGACGCCGAGUGGCUGGAGCGGCUGCCGGAGAAGAAGAAGCCGCUGUACACGCACAGCCUGCCGUGCAUCGAGGCGUGGCUGCGCAGCAUCGGGUUCUCCCAGACCCGCGAGGACCGCGCCGUCUGGGUCGCCGAGAUGCCCCUCUGGCACGCCCGCCUCAGCCUCGACGUCACUGACCUCCACAUCAGGUACUUGAAGAGCGGCCCUGGGAAUCUUGACAAGGACGUAGAGAGGAGAUUCAGCUAUGCCCUUAGCAGAGAAGACAUCGAGAACGCAAUACUUGGAGGACCUUAAUCUCAUCAGGCCAUCAGAGGCUCAAGAUUAGAAGUUCUUGCAGGAUCUUAGCUUAUGGGCAGCGCAGUAGGUGCAUGCUCUUUCAUGAGUGACUAAGAAAAGCUCUGCCCUGCUGCUGAUUGGUCGUUCGACGUCCAUCAGGAAGGAGCUUUGCUUAAGUUCCCUUCAGUCAUUUGUACAAGAGAAAAUUAAUUAUGUAUCUCAAUUUCAUUUGUAAUAAUUCAAUGUGCUUAAGGAUGAGACGUCCAGCUGAUAAUUUGGCAAUUUAUUUAAGCUGCAACUACUGUUGAGUAGUACUCCAGCAGUUUUAGCUAUA